AUAAUUGAGUGGUCUCAGUUCGAGAGGAGAGAGUAAUCAUCCAAAAAUCGAUCUGGAACGAGCAGUGGUCUGUGAACUCGAGCUGUGAGAGUGCUGAGACUGUUUAGUUGAUAUCUCGAGUUUUACCAAUCCAAUUAAGGCGUGUGAGAUACCAAAAGAAAUCUAUCAAGACGAGGAAUCCGUGAAGGUCUGGUUUGCAUCAAUCGGAGUAGAGGAAGGCUUCCAAAUAGUCCGAGCAGAACGCGACCUCGCAGGGACGGAUUUACUCUUCUAAGAAUCGAGUUAGCCGGAAAACACUCGUUCUAGGGGCUGUUUUCGUAUCAACGAUUAGGGGUUGAAAUAGCAACUUGAGGAGGCUGUUUAGCACCCAUUUCUAAGCAAGGAAUCAGUUCUCAAGCUUCCUUGGCCGAGGCUUUAGCCAUUGGAUCGAGAAGGAAGGUUUUAAAGCUCAUUUGAGUCAUGAACUCUGAUCAGUCUGGUUAGGCCUCUAAUGGUGCUGAAUCUGCUGCUACUACACUUAAGAGAAAAUCAGAUGAUAUAGGAUGGACAUGGGGAGAGAAUAGAGAUCCUACUAAUAAAUCUUUAGUGUGGUGUAAUUUUUGUGAUAAGAAAAUGUCUGGAGGAUUCACCGUCUUAAAGAACACCUUGCACAUGUUAAGGGAAGUGUUUCUUCUUGUACCAAGGUAACCAAUGAAGUGAUGAAGAUAGUUGCAAAAUCAUUACUUGAAAAAAAAUCUGCCAAGGCAAAGAAAGCUAGAGUUGACACUAUAAUUAAGAGGGAAAAUGCUUUCCUGGAUGGGGAUGAUGAAAGUGAGCUUGGUGAUGAUGGUGAUGGCCAAACUGAAGGUGGACACACAACUUCAAUCUUUACAACUGGGCAAGGCAGUGGCACAAAUGCUUCUAAGACGAGAAUUAAACAAUCCAAUGUUAGAGGAUCAUUGGAUACCUUACUAAAGCCCGACCAUGAGAAGAUGAAACAAUCAACGUUGGAUAAAAAUAAUCCAACUAAGCUGAAAUUGAAGGAGAUUGCUUGGGAUAAAUUUGCCGAGUGGGGAUAUGAGGUUGGGUUAGCUUUUAAUGCCGUUAGAACACCAAGCUUUCAGGCCUUUAUUCAUGCAGUUGGAGAUUACGGAAGAGGUAUGCCUUCACCUAGCUAUCAUCAAUACCGUCAUACUCUGUUAAACAAGCAGCUUGUCAAAACAAAAGAAUUUGUUGAAUCAUUCAGAACACACUGGAAGACAUAUGGAUGCUCUAUUAUGUCAGAUUUUUGGACAGAUGGUAAAGGAAGGGCAUUGAUCAACUUUUUGGUAAACUGUCCAAAAGGAACAAUUUUUUUGAAGUCUGUAGACGCAUCUGAGCAUGUGAAAGAUGCAAAUCUCAUUGUGGGGCUGAUUAAUGAGAUUAUUGAACAUGUGGGAGAGGAGAAUAUAGUUCAGUUCAUCACCGAUAAUGGAUCUAACUUCAAGGCAGCGGGAAGGAUUUUAGAAGAACAACAUCCUAAGAUGUUUUGGACCCCUUGUGCUGCACAUUGUGUGAACUUGAUGUUGCAAGAUCUUGGUGAUAAGUUGCCCAAGAUAAAAAAUGCUUUACGUGAAGGUAAAGCAAUGGUUGUUUAUAUAUAUAAUCAUGUGAGGAUAUUGAGCCUAAUGCGAAAGUUAACAAGCGGGAGAGAGUUGCAUAGAUCAUGUGUAACCAGGUUUGCUACUGCGUUUUAUACUCUUAAGAGUAUUUGGGAGAAUAGGUGUCAUUUGCAAGUUUAUUUGUUUCUGAAAAAUGGACCAAAAGUGAGUUUGCACAGAAGGCUGAUGAAAAAAAAUUGCAAGAAUAGUGGCAAGGCAGGCUUUUUGGGAUAAUGUUUAUUUUACUUGUCAAGUCCUGGCUCCACUGGUUGAUGUCAUAAGAUUGGUGGAUACAGAAGAGAAACCUAGUAUGGGUUAUAUUUAUGAAUCAAUGGAUAGAUCAAAAGACCAAAUUGAAAAGAAUCUUGGGAAUGACCAUUUCACUUGUGCAAAAGUAUGGCAGACAAUUGAUAAUAGAUGGAAUAAUAAAUUCCAUCAUGCUUUGCACGCAGCCGGUUAUUACCUAAAUCCAAGCAUAUUUUAUAAGCAUGAUCUGGCGAAGAUGGAGUCAAACAAAGAGAUAAAAGCCGGGCUCUUUAAAGCAAUACAAAAGCUCGUAGAUGAAGAUACACUUGACAGUAUUAGCAAUGAGUUGGUACUCUACAGAUCUGCAAGUGGAUCUCUGGGAUCAACUAUGGCUGUGAGAGCUAGGGAAAAAGUCCCACCCAAUGAAUGGUGGCUUUCAUAUGGGUCUGAUGUGCCAAAUCUCCAAAUGUUUGCACUCAAGGUUUUGAGUCAAACCUGUAGCGCCUCACCAUGUGAGCGUAAUUGGAGUGCCUUUGAUCAUAUACAUUCAAAGAAGAGAAACCGUUUGCUGCAAUCAAAGUUAAAUGAUCUUGUCUACAUCCAGUACAACAAAAAACUGCAGCAACGAUUCUUUGAGAGAAAGCACAACGUUGGCAGUAAGAGUUAUGAUCCUAUAUUCUUAAGGGAAGUUGAUGAAAAUGAUGAUUGGGUUGUUCCAGAUGAUGAAGCGCUUCAAGACCUUGACAAUCAAGGUGAUGAUCUGACUUGGGAACAAGUAUGAGCAGCACAACAAGCAACUGAGGCACGGACAAACACCAGGAGCCAAAACAGAAGGGAGAAUGUGAAUGCAUCACAGUCUGCGUAUAGACUGCUUGAUAUUGAUUUAGAUGACCCGGAAGUGGAAGAGGAAGAACAAGUGGGGAAUCUGACUACUGAAGAUCUAUUUGGUGAAGAUCUAUUAGGGGACAUGGAGGAUGAAGAAGAAAAUCACGACCCUGAACCUAAUGAAGAUUAAUAUCAGACCAACUUAUUAGAUGAUUGACUGCUUUAUCACUUUUGCUUUAUGACUUUUGCUACUCCAUCAUUAGGAUAACAGGAUUUCUAUCCUUUUAUUCACUUCUAUGCAUUUUAAGAUAAUUUAAAGACUA